AUCUGGCAACACCCCCGGGAUAAACUCAACAGCUCCGCCUCCUCGCCGGUGAUUGGCCGCUGGAACUGUAGCUCAGGAGAGGCACACAGGUGGCCAAUCACCACCGAGGAGGUGGAACUUGGAGAGGAGGAGCCGAGAGGCAGCAUAAAGAUCAAAGAAGAUUGAGUGAGGGAGCUGCCGGAGCGAGUGAAGAGGAGAGUGGCCGGACAAGGAAGACAGCUGACCGGUAAGUCCAUAUAUGCUGGCUGUAGAUGGAAGAGGAAGGGAGCGAGCCCAGGCUGCAGCAGGGUCAACAAGGUAAGUAUCAUUGGUGUCAGUGGGAG